CCUAGCCAGCAUGCUGUGGUUGGAUUCGCUGCCCAGCCGUGGAACAGAAACCUUUGCCGGCUGGAAAAUCCAUAAAAGAAAGCUCCUGUGAAAAGCGGAGGUAGACCAUAACUUAAGCGAAAUCAGGUUGGUGUAAGCUAACCAUCUCACUGUUUCCUGAGUACUUGGUAGCUGCUGAGACCCCUGCUAAUGUGCUGACUGUCGCUAUGGGCAGACGGUACCCAGAGGCUCACUGUCGUCCAGGAAGUUCAUGUGGAGUCAUCUUCAAGUCCUGAUGAGCAUGGCGUCACGGUCAUGAGUCUGGUCUUCGGAGAUAAACAGAUGUGAGUCCUAACACCAGCUCCAUCACUUGCCUUCGAAGACACCUUGGACAGAUUGCAAACUGUAACCUAGUUCCUGCACCAUUGCCCACGCCAGUGACCCAUGUCAGACAUACUUCCAGCUGACUCAGGUGUUGAUACCUCGGCAGUGUUUAUGGCCAGCAGCGGAACCACAGACGUCGCAAAUCGGAACAGCCCAGCCACACCACCAAACACCCUUAACCUCCGUUCCUCCCAUAAUGAACUAUUGAAUGCUGAAAUAAAACACGCAGAUGUCAAGAACAGCACGCCCCCCAAAUGCAGGAAGAAAUAUGCACUAACUAACAUCCAGGCGGCGAUGGGCCUCUCAGAUCCUGCUGCACAGCCCCUGCUGGGAAGUGGCUCAGCCAACAUCAAGCUGGUGAAAAAUGGGGAGAACCAGCUCCGGAAGGCCGCAGAGCAGGGUCAGCAGGAUCCCAACAAGAACAUCAGCCCUGCUGCCGUCAUCAACAUAACUUCUGAGAAGUUGGAGGGGAAAGAGCCCCACCCAGAGGAGCCAUCGGGCUGUGAGAUUUUGCCUUCCCAGCCCAGGAGAACUAAAAGCUUCCUCAGUUACUAUGCAGACCUUGAGACCUCAGCCAGAGACCUGGAGCAGAACCUGGCCAGCUGCCAUGGGGUUGGGGAAGACAAGGCCCAGCCAGGCCAGGACCAGGCCCCCACCAUCAUUGGGAAUAGUGACUUGCUGCUGCAGAAACCAAACAAACCCCAGUCCAGCCCAGAGGAUGGCCAAGUGGCCACAGUGUCAUCCAGCCCAGAGACCAAGAAGGAUCAUCCCAAAACAGGGGCCAAAACCGACUGUGCCCUUCACCGAAUCCAGAACCUGGCCCCGAGCGACGAGGAGUCAAGCUGGACGACCUUGUCCCAAGACAGUGCCUCCCCCUGCUCCCCAGAUGAAACAGCGGAUAUCUGGAGUGAACACUCAUUUCAGACAGAUCCGGAUUUGCCGCCUGGCUGGAAAAGAGUCAACGAUAUUGCUGGGACCUAUUAUUGGCACAUCCCAACAGGAACGACUCAGUGGGAACGGCCCAUCUCCAUCCCAGAAGAUCUUCCUGGUUCUCGAAAAGGGUCACUUAGUUCUGUAACGCCAUCUCCCACCCCAGAAAAUGAGAAACAGCCAUGGAGUGAUUUUGCUGUUCUGAAUGGGGGGAAGAUUAAUAGUGACAUUUGGAAGGACUUGCAUGCAGCCACCGUUAACCCAGACCCCAGUUUAAAGGAAUUUGAAGGAGCAACCCUACGCUAUGCAUCUUUGAAACUCAGAAAUACCCCUCGUGCUGAUGAUGACGACUCUUGUAGCAUCAACAGUGACCCAGAAGCCAAGUGUUUUGCUGUGCGCUCUCUGGGAUGGGUGGAGAUGGCAGAGGAAGACCUCGCCCCUGGCAAAAGCAGCGUUGCUGUCAACAACUGCAUCAGGCAGCUUUCUUACUGCAAAAACGACAUCCGGGAUACAGUCGGUAUUUGGGGAGAGGGCAAAGACAUGUACCUGAUCCUGGAGAACGACAUGCUCAGCCUGGUGGACCCCAUGGACCGCACCAUGCUGCACUCUCAGCCCAUCGUGAGCAUCCGUGUGUGGGGUGUGGGCCGUGACAAUGGCCGAGAGAGGGAUUUUGCUUAUGUUGCAAGAGACAAAGAUACAAGAAUUUUGAAAUGUCAUGUAUUUCGAUGUGACACACCAGCAAAAGCCAUCGCCACAAGUCUCCACGAGAUCUGUUCCAAGAUUAUGGCUGAACGGAAAAAUGCCAAAGCCCUGGCCUGCAGCUCCCUCCAGGAGAGGACCAACGUGAACCUUGGUGUUCCUUUGCAAGUAGAUUUUCCAACACCAAAGACUGAGCUGGUGCAGAAGUUCCACGUGCAGUAUUUGGGCGCACUACCUGUGGACAGGCCAGUCGGCAUGGACACCCUGAACAGUGCCAUAGAAAAUCUUAUGACCUCAUCUAACCAGGAGGAUUGGCCUUCAGUGAACAUGAAUGUGGCCGAUGCCACUGUGACGGUCAUCAGUGAAAAGAAUGAAGAGGACAUCUUGGUGGAGUGCCGAGUACGGUUCCUGUCCUUCAUGGGUGUCGGGAAGGAUGUCCACACAUUUGCCUUCAUCAUGGACACUGGGAACCAGUGCUUUGAGUGCCACGUGUUCUGGUGUGAGCCUAAUGCUGCUAGCGUGUCGGAGGCCGUCCAGGCUGCCUGCAUGUUACGGUACCAGAAGUGCUUGGUAGCCAGGCCACCUUUACAGAAAGUUCGACCACCUCCUCCGCCAGCAGACUCAAUGACCAGAAGAGUAACAACCAAUGUAAAACGAGGGGUCUUAUCCCUCAUUGACACUUUGAAACAGAAGCGCCCUGUCACAGAAACGCCAUAGCUGCUUGUGUUAUGACUCAGCCACGCUAAAGAUAAGAGACUGAGACCUGGCCUUCCGUUCAGUUGCUGAUGCUUUGUCUCCAGAGAAUUUAUCCUUCGCCAAACAGUGUUAGACAAGCAUGUUCUCUCGUCUUGCCACCAUCGUGUGAUAUGAAAAGAAGCAUGAGUAAUUUUUUUUGCUGUCAGUAAAAGUUACAUCAUGAGCCGUGGAAGGUCUUUUUCUUAUUGUAAAUAUUGUGAACUUGACUUUACACACACAGAGAAGAAUGUGGUUACACCCGCCUAGUGAACUAGAGCGUCCUUGGAGUGAAUGAUGCCUGGGUUCGUUCCCCUGUCCUCUUGACUGGACCUGUCACAAGCAACCUUUGAGCCCUACAGCACUUUUGUCUGUUUUCAGCACUGGAAACAUUGAGACGUUGAACAUCAGAUCCCAUUGAAUUGCUGUAAAAAUAGGAAUGACAAGUUUGGGGGUUUCGUUUUUCAUAAAAGUGACUCUGUUGGAUGACAAAAUUGGUUGUUGGCAUCAGUACAGACACCAACUGGCGCUUUCCUCAUUGAGCCCUUUGAUCAUGGGACACCAUUUCAUGUCUACAGCUGUUUGUGGAAUACUAGAAAAAAGUGAGACUUUAAAAUUGAAAAACAAAUUGGAGGAAUUAAAAUCGAACAAAAAAUAGGCUUUUCAGAUGGUUUUCAAAUCAAUUAUUUUAAAAAGAGAUUAACAAAACCAUACUGCAUUUCGGAUGGGACAUAUUUCAAACUUCUGCCUUACAUUGUACGAUGCAGCUAGAGAAUUACAGUUCACGGUGGCCAUUCUCUACCCAAACACUAAUGUGAAAUACUCCUCACAAGCCUUUCAUCCGUAGUUUGAUAACCAGCCAAUAUGCAAUCUGGAGUUGAGGGAAUGUCCUUUGUAUCUCUUGUCACACACUGUUAUUUUAAUUUUUGUUAGUCCACAUCCUAGAGGUCACUGUUCUGCUAGAAUUCUGCAUUGAGCUCAACCUUUCUCUAAUGCUUUUUGUCCAGAAAGCUGUCUGUCCAUCCCAUAUUGUCCAUGGCAACGAAUUACAUUUAAGUUGAUCUUUCUUGAAUUUAUGUAUUUAAUAUUAGAAUUUGUUGGACUUAACUAGAUACAGCUUAAGUUUUUAUAUUUGUCCAUUUUACUUUAAAGAUUUAAAAUUUUCACAACAGAGCAAAAAUAUCCAUAGGAACGAUGGACUGCUUAACAGUUUCUCAAAAAUAGCAUUUUCCUGCUUUUUAUGUAGAUAAGAAACUUAGCUAUAAAGAUACACAAAUUUAGACUCUUGUUGACAUUGUUUUAAAAAGAAGUUGCUAAGGAGAUCAAUUCAAAUAUCGGUCUUACUUUUUAAUGUCAAAAUUCACAUUUACAGCAUCGCUAUAAAAAUAAUGCUUUGUUUAUACACUGCUUCGUACUUGGCAAAGUGGCUUCCACAUUCUUACCACAUUUGAGCCUUAUAAGGUAGAAAAGGUACUAAAUACAUUAGAAAAAUCAAAAUAUGAAGUAUCAAAAGUUUCCAUCAAAGGGCCUAAGAUCUCACCAAAGCUCAUCAGUGAGCCAGAACCAGGAACCACAGUCCCAGCCUUGCUGUGCUAGGCUGCCUCCACUCAGCCAGGAAGACCCUUUCCAAGUGACUGGGCACAUACAAAGAGGAGCAGCUAUGGAAGUACUGUCAGGCAAUCUCAGAACUCUGGAGUCAGUAAAGAUGGCCAGUUUCCUUAUGCAGUGGUAUUAAAUUAUUCCUAAAACCCUUGCCUCCCUCAGUCCAGGACCAUGUGUUGCAGAGGACAGGUGUCUACAUUCAGCAGCCUGUUUCGGCCUGUGAGGUUUUCCUAACUCAUGGCGUUUAGCUACCAGAAGACGUGAUGGAGUGAGUAGGAGACCUUCUGCUUGCCGUUCCCUCCCAGAAUUCAUGGAGCGGGGAGCAGAGGGGCUAGAACUGUUUGCUGGCACCCUAUUGUUACAACAAAAAUGAUGCUUUUUAGAAAUGCAUUAAACUUUGCACCAACUUGCAUACUAUUCUGUCUGGAGUAACCAGUGCCAUCAUGACAAAUUACUGCAUUAAGAAAACCUUACUGUGCCCUGUGAAAAGCUGUUCAAAAUUCAGUCAUGAUCGUUCAUCUUCAUCUGCACAGUGAAACGUUUCAGUGUGAUAAAUUUCAAAACUCUAAACAAGUAAUCCACUUUUCUACAGGAAAUCUCUACCAGAAACCCCUGUUCAUUUUUUAAGGCAUACCUUUUUUGUUUUUCAGCAUCGAGAAUACUGAGCUAGCUUUAAGUAGCAAACUGAUUUAUAUAUGCAAUUAUAAGAUGCAGUAAGAUGAAAGAUAGCCUUUGCGUAUUGACAACUUUACUGCAGAUAUUGUUUUGAAAAUAGCUUUGCAUACUAAAUGCAGUUAAUUUUUGUAAAAUUAAUUAUGUUAAACAGUAUGUUCAGACACUUUCUGCCAUGGCCAAAAAGUAUGUAUGAAAGAAUGUAUGUAUUUGUGAGAGGAUGCCCGUGUUUUACCUGAGAUCUUAGCGACGCUUCAGUGAUCUAUGCAUUCUUUACAGCUGCAAUUCGGUAAACACGCAGCCAUGUUCACUAUGCCUUGUAUGUCUUAUCACUUUUUAAUUAACCUGUUAAAUACAGCUUAAAAUAUUUUUAUUUUAUUUAUUCUAUUUUUACUGAAAUAUACCGCAUUAUUGUGUUAAUGUAUUAUCUCUCCUGGAUAUUAUGUUACAUCAUAUCCAGGUCUGAGUAAUCUCAGUGAACUAUACAUUGCCUAAACGGUGGUUUUGUAAUGAUUUGUAGUCACAUUUCUAUUGGAAUAUGUAGAAGAAAAGGCAAAAAUGCUUAAAGUUCCUUUUAUUUUUAAAAAGCAGCUAGCUAGAUGCAGUCUUGCCACCUCAACUAUGUGCACCUUGGCAGCGUCAGGGGACCAGCCAACACGCCUGUGGCUAAGAACUUUCCUUUGUAGACUAAAGCACUGUGCAGUGCUUCAUUUUUUUACACCCUCACAACACGUACGGUUUCAUCUAAAAGACAGAUACACAUUUCCACCUGGACAGGUCACCCAUAGCUAGUUACAACCAUUGUUUUCUGUUUGUCUGUCUUACUGCAUGAAGGGACAUUAGACCCAUUUCCAUUAAAACAAGUUCUUGGUGAUAAACUGUUGGCGCUGCUACCUUUUUUUAAGUCCCCAUUUUAAGAUGGACACCUGGAAGAGUAUUCCAUACAAAGCCAUUUACUAACAACCCCCAAAGCUUCCUUCAUUUGUAUGGCACACUCAUCUCGUAAGCAUUGCAACACAAGAUUUCAGAAACAACAUGAAAAAUGUCUGCCUGAUGUUAGCACAAUUUAAUAAAACCAUUAGCUCUCUAGUUGGCCAGCGUCACCUAGUACACAUCUAAUGUGUGCCUACAGCCAGUGACACGCAGCUUCCAAGCAAAGAUCCUGCUCCCACCAUGAGAGCAGGCCCUGGCAUCCAGAGCAGCUGGCUUGUCCUGAAAGGACGUUUCAUUUUCCUUUUUAUGUCUUCUGCUGUUGACCACUUUUACACAUUGAAAUGUAACGUGUUGUGAGAAUAAAUUUAGCUGCACAAAAUGUUUGGCUCAUUUCUCUGACAACUCAUUCACAUAGGAAGGACAAACAGAAAUUUUGUGUCUCUAUAGUGGUCAUUUUAUUUUUGUACUAUUCUUACCUGAAAUGAAAUCCUUUUAGUAAUGUAAGGUUCUGUUCUUAUUAGAGACUGCAUCUUUCUGUCUGGUAGGAACUGGAAAGUAACUUGAGAUUUUGAGGCAUCGCCCUGUCUUUAUUUGGCAUUCUGGACACAGCACAUUUAGUUACCAACCCAGACUCUUUCUGCAGUCUCUAGGAUUGAGGCAUUUCAGCACAAAGAAGCCUGUCAUUCAUUUAAGAACCUAGUUUCAGAGACUGAAGAACAGAGGCAUGCAGACAUUAAAUCCAAGUGCUGUGUAGCUAGGUUAAGUUUAACCACGGGACACAUGGACGUUGACAAGUAGCAUUUAAAGUGUGGACCCAAUUUUUGUUCAUCCUGCUCUCCCCCACUAGGUCCUCUUAUGCUAUGAAAAGCAGUAACUCUCAAUGAACAAAAGUUCAUUUUGGUUUCAGGGUAGUUUCAAAUAAAAAUCUGAAUUUGCUAUUAGAGUAUCUGAACACUAAUAAUUUAUUUUUAGUUUUUUGCAACACUUUAAGAAGCUGGAGAAAGUAAAAUGCUAAACAGAAAAUGUCAGUGUGACCAAUAUUCCUCACUAUAAUUCUGUUGCUUUUAUCCAAAGUGUUUUUCCCUUUUAACUACCAAAAUAUUUAAAUAAUUGAUCCUGUCCUCCUUAGAAGAGGAUUCUUCUCAAAGAAUAAAAUAUAGGCGUAAUUAAGGAAUAGUUUAAUUCAGAAUCUCCAUAAACUUCUAAAGAAAAAACUUGUACCAAGAUGCAUGUUGGGAGAUACCAAAAGUAAGUGGCUAGAAGUGGAGAACUGAGUCACACUGCUAGAGACUAGAAGGCACUCAAGCUACUUCAUAACAAUGAGAAUUAACAAGACACACCUGGAAAAGUUCCACCCUGGGGUGGCGGUGGGGAGGGCGGAUGAGAUUCCUGGGAUGAAAUACCAGCUCCUUCCUGAGGCACGUUACAUUAAGCCACAUUGCCCUUCUAAGUGUGGGGUUCUCUAAGCCAGAUCUGGGUGGAGAUGACACAAUGAAACAUACUAUAAUUCUGAAGUUUUUGAAUUUAGUAAAAUGAGCUGAGCAUUUAAAAUACUCCGUGGGUUUGGUGCUAGGGACGGAACCUAGGGCCCUGCACAUACUAGCCAAGUGCUCUACCACUGAGCUACAUCCAGAGUCAUACUGUGUAACCCAGGCUGGCUUAAAAUAUGUCACCCUUCUGCCUCUGCCUCCUGAGUUCUUUGUUUUUUAAGAGUCAUAAUUAACAUGAGUAGAAUUCUUUGAGGAUUUAAAAUAUUAUAAGCCUCAUGUAUAAAACUUUCUUCGGCUACAGAUUUUAGUGAAAAAUGUAAGUCUUUAGCUAAAAUAAAAAUAGUACUUAUGAAAAUGAAAUUCACCAUUUUUCUCCCAAAUUCAAGUGAGAAAAUAAAAGAGCUGAAACAGACCUCAGUAUUCUACGAAAGCAUGCCACCUGAGAUGAGCAGUCAGAAAUUUACUAACACUUGUCCACAGCUGAAUUCUGAAACUAAAACUUUAACUUCAAACUUAAUGUGUCGAUGAGCUUUUUAAAAUAAGAUUUAUAGUCAGUUAUUCUACUUGAUAACAAUUUGUUGCCAUGAUGAAAAAAAUCAAUAGACCCAAAAAUGAUAAUCAUCCCAAUUUCAGUAGGCAAUAGAUAAUACAUCAAGAUGAAUUGACAUUUAAUGUAACAGUGCUGCACUAUGU